GUGCGCUCCCGCACCCUUCCGCCAGGUCGGCAGCAAGCAGAGGCUCCGCCACCAGCACGGGGGCGCAGGAGCUACCGCAGCCUCGGCAGCCGCACCACGAGAGAGCUUUAACGCAGGGGCCACUGCAGCAGAAUGGAGACUCAGGUGGCGACCGUUUCGCCACCCCGGGCGUGUGACAGCAGAGGCCCGGAGUGAGGGUGGGAAGCGCUAGGACCGCCCACCCACUGGCUCUCCAGGGCGCGCACUCCCAGCUGGCGCGGAAAGUGUGGGUCCUCGCGGGUUGUACGGCGACUACGGCGCCUGCCAAGGGCAAAAAACCUCUUUGCCGAGGGGGUGGGGCCUUCCUAGGGAGUGGGCGGGGCUAGUUGGUAGGGCUCACGCCGCGGUCCUGGGGCCGCGUGGAGGGCGGUGCGCGCUUCUCCCGAGGUGGAACGGGCGGCAGUCAAGCGCCGGCGUUCUCUGCCAUCACCCUUUCCUUGCCGGCCGGCACUUCGGCUGCAGAGUUUUGCCCACGCUUCGAGACUUAGGGAGCAGUGCCUUUCAGAAUUUGCCCACUCAUCUGGUAUAACUGGUUCUGAUGGCUGGGAAUAAAGGAAGAGGACGUGCUGCUUAUACCUUUAAUAUUGAGGCUGUUGGAUUUAGCAAAGGUGAAAAGUUACCUGAUGUAGUGUUGAAACCACCCCCACUAUUUCCUGAUACAGAUUAUAAACCAGUGCCACUGAAAACAGGAGAAGGUGAAGAAUAUAUGCUGGCUUUGAAACAGGAGUUGAGAGAAACAAUGAAAAGAAUGCCUUAUUUUAUUGAAACACCUGAAGAAAGACAAGAUAUUGAAAGGUAUAGUAAAAGAUACAUGAAGGUAUACAAGGAAGAAUGGAUACCAGAUUGGAGAAGACUUCCAAGAGAGAUGAUGCCAAGAAAUAAAUGUAAAAAAGCAGGCCCAAAACCCAAAAAGGCAAAAGACGCAGGCAAAGGCACAUCACUCACUAAUACUGCAGAUGUGUUGAAAAAAAUGGAGGAAUUGGAAAAAAGAGGUGAUGGUGAAAAAUCAGAUGAGGAAAAUGAAGAGAAAGAAGGAAGCAAAGAGAAAAGUAAAGAAGGUGAUGAUGACGAUGACGAUGAUGCUGCAGAACAGGAGGAAUAUGAUGAAGAAGAGCAAGAAGAGGAAAAUGACUACAUUAAUUCAUACUUUGAAGAUGGAGAUGAUUUUGGCGCAGACAGUGAUGACAACAUGGAUGAAGCAACCUAUUAGGCAUGAAAUUUUUCAAAAAAUAUUUUUAUGAUGCAGCUUCUGAACAUUUGGACAGACUUGAUUUGUAUUUUAUUUCUGAUAAGGAAUAAGUACUUGUUUCUGUUUUUUGUUUUGGACAAAUAUUUGUUACCAAAAUAUUCAAAACCACUUUGAGUUUACAUACUAGUUACCUUAAAAAUUAUUCCCUGACACUCUGACGUUCCUUCUAAACACCUCUGCCAUCUCUCUUACGUACUCUCAUGGGUUUUUUUGUAUGAUUUGAAUAUGAAUGUGCCUAAAGAAUUUUUGCUCUCUUAAUCUAUGUAUACAUACGUGAACAAAUCAUUCUUGCUUAACUGCUGAUAUUUUGUAAAACUAUUGCUAGUCAUAAUGGAUUUCUAUAACCUGAAAGUUGAUAUAAUACAGCACGUGGAGCACUUUAAAAACAAAGAAACUUGAAAAUAAUUUUAUUUUUUACCUUUACAUGGUGUGUUCUAGACUACUGGAUUAUGACUACAUAAACCUACCUGAGCUCUUAUAAGUACAGAAUUGUGAGACAGAGGUUUUGUGAUGCAAAACAUACACAUAGGAAAAAAUACCAAACUGAGCAAUAUAAAUUUCACAGCUCACAUCUUAGCCAGUACAAAGAAACUUUCACAUGGGGUGAAUAUUAUAAUACUUGAAUUUGAGACUUAAUACUGUAUGAUAUAUGAAUUAAUCAUCCCACUGUAAUAACUGACAUCUUCAAAUAGUUGGGCUUAUGAAAAAUUUGACUGACAUUUUAUUUUAUACUUUAUGUAAAUGUGAAAUAAGUUCUGGUCAUAUAAAUAUGUAGAAUGCAUGUGUGUGAACUCUAUGAAGUGAAGUGUGGUGGCCUUUUAUGUUUCAGAGUACUCAAGCUGUACAAUUGAUUUAUAUAAAAAUGCAAAAUGAACUCAGGUCAUUUUGAAAUUAAGAUUAAUAUUUUUGUUGUUUAACUUUAAAGCUAGCUCCCCUAACUUUAUAUAUUUUUUGGGAAAAAAUACCUAAAAACCUCAGCCUACAAAGACUCUCAGAAAUGCCAAAGAUUUUCAAGGAAAUUCAUAUUAUAUAUUUCAAAAAUGAUUUAUCAAUGUUAUCUACCAAAAGAAAUAAUUUUAUUUUUCCCCUUUGGGGAGAUAUUAUUAUCCUCUAAUAUGAGAAUCAGAUCCCUAGAUUCUAUUUCUACCCGUACUAUUAAACUCAACCUUGAACCUGGGCUUGGUUGUUUCUGUGCCUUAGUUUCUCCACUCAUAAACAAUUUCCUAUAAAAAUUGUUUAAACACCAACCAAAAUUUACCAUAUGUAUUCAUUCUCUUGCCUUAAAGAUCACUUCUUAACUUACAUUUGGCUCUCACCCUCUAAAAAUUUGUAGUUUGGAGAGUAACUGAAAGCACAAUUUUAAGAAACAUGUUUGUUUUCCUCACAAAAUAUAUUGUAAUCUGAUUUUCCUAUCUUGUAUUCAUGCAGAAAAUUGGAGAAAAUGUGUAUUGUCUUGUGCCAUUUUGCAAUAUGAAUUUCUCAGGAAAAAGAUCUUUCAAUGGCAAUACUUUUCUUAAAUAAUUCAAGAUGGGUGUGAGGACCUAUCUUAUUAGUUUAGUGCUGUGUUAACCAUUUGUGAAUUACUUCUUGUUUAAAGGAAGUUGUCAAAAAAUUUUAAGAUUCUAAAUGGAAUACAUGAAUAAAGUAAGCCUUAGAAUAGAAACCUCACAAAAAGUUGUCAUUUGCGGUUGAUAAUUAACGUAGGUGUUUUAUUCUCUCAACUCCUUAGGUACCAGAGCCAAAUACAAUUUAGUUUUCAGAAAUCUUAUCAAUAUUGUUCUGUUUACCUACUUAUAAAUCUGCAGAUAACCACUUGAACCAGGCAAAUACACUGAAGAUAAAGGUUAUUUCUUUUUUUAGCUUUGAAUUUGUCAUGACCAUUUUAGUCUUGCUAUAGAUAGCAGGGCAGCCCCUUGGGGCAAGGAUUUACUCUGGGAGGUACCGUUAAGAGCCUUCUUUCCCCCUUUGAAAGAUCCUUUUACAAUGUUAAAGUAUACUAGUUACAAGAACAAGCAGGAUUUGCAGGUUGCUUUACCAGCAUGAGUCUCAUUUUUCUGGCUUAAAAUCUGGGACUGUGAAAUUAUUCCAUAGGAAAGUGAAUGUUAUUUUGCAGAAUUAGCCUCUUACAUAAAAGUAUUUGUUGAAGUGUCUUUAAAGUUGCUAUCAUGAGCAAAACUGGUUGCUGUAAUGCUUAUUUUUCUGUAUUUAUUUACACAUUAAAUUCUUAUAAAACAAAAUGUGUUCGUUUUAUAGUAAGAUGUUUUAUUUUGAACAUUUAAAUAUUUGUUUGUUAGAGAAAACUAAUUUGUUAAUAUAGAUCUUAACUAGUAACUAUUAAGCAGGGAUGUUUGUUCCAAAUAUUCUUGAAUAAACAAACAAUCACCACAAACAACAAAA